GGGUGGGCUUGCGUGUCCGACCAUUGACACAGAAAGAGCAGCUCAGCAAUUGCAGCGAAUGCCUGUCAUACAUUCCCAACGAACCCCAAAUCUUGAUUGGCACAGACAAAUCCUUCACCUACGAUUAUGUGUUCGACAGCAGCACUGUCCAAGCCAACGUAUAUCACAACGCUGCUGCACCAUUGAUGCAGAAGUUCAUGGACGGUUUCAAUGCAACCAUUCUAGCUUACGGUCAAACCGGAUCGGGCAAGACGUAUAGUAUGGGAACCGGUUUAGAGAACACCAACGACCCCGAAAAUGAAGGCAUCGUACCUCGCUGCAUAUUAGAGCUUUUUGAGAAAUUACAGGAACGUGCAGAUCAAGACCCAGAAUACAAUUACGAAGUUGCCGUAUCGUUCUUGGAGCUGUACAACGAAGAACUGAUCGACCUGUUGAAUCCGAGCACAGCCCAAAAGCGCAAGAAUGGCAAUUCCGUUGGUUCCACAGAGAUUUCUAUCCGUGAAGACAUUGCCGGUAACAUCUACUGGAGCGGCGUCAGGGAGGAGCCUUGUGCUGGCCCUGAAGAAUUGCUAGGUUUACUGGCCAGAGGCUCCUUGUGCCGCACAACUGGAUCCACCGAAAUGAACACAGUGUCCUCCCGUUCGCAUGCAAUUUUCUCCGUCAUUCUCAAGCAGACCCAACCAGCCGGAGGCGAUGAGGAGAACGGGGGCAACGGCAACAAGUCUCCCCAAACACUCACUAGCAAGUUCCACUUUGUCGACUUGGCUGGUUCUGAGCGGCUAAAUCGCACAAAAGCACAAGGCGACCGUGCUAAAGAAGGCAUUGCCAUCAACUCUGGCCUGCUGGCACUGGGAAACGUCAUCUCAGCCCUUGGUGACGAUACGCGGCGGGCUACGCAUAUCCCUUACAGAGAUUCUAAGCUUACUAGACUGCUCCAAGAUUCAUUGGGCGGCAACAGCCAAACUUUGAUGCUUGCCUGCGUUUCACCAGCAGACAGCAAUUUCAUGGAAACGCUCAACACACUCAAAUACGCCAAUCGUGCUCGCAACAUUAAGAACCGUGUUACUGUCAACCAAGACUUCGCCGGUAGCUCCAUUGAAGUCAAUCAGCUUCGAUCGCUUGUUGCCCGCCUCCGCAUGGAAAUACAGUCUCUGCGUGCAGAAGGUGCUGGAGACACAUAUGCAGGCAGCAUUCAACGCGACGAAGAAGUACGAGCAUUACGCAGCGAAGUGACCCGUCUACGUGACCGUAUCGACGACAUGAGCACCAGCAUGAUUCAAGUGACGAGCGAACGCGACACACUUCUUAUGGAGCGUGAGCUUGGAGAAUUUGUCGGUAACAGCGAUGAAAACGACGAUGGCUCUCCCCGACCCAUCAGCGACAACGCCGAAAAGAGCCAAAAGCUGCAGACACAUCCCAUCAUUGCCCAAUAUCAAAAGACGAUCCAGGAUUUGAACAACGAAUUAGCCGAUACACGCGAUCGACUCGUAUUUCUAGAAAGCGUCAAGCCUGCCAUGCAAGCGAUGGCGUUAGCAAAACAACAAGCCAGCUUUUCGGGAUCAAUUUCCUGUAGUAGUAAUCGACCACGUGCUGAGCCCAGUGCGUCAAAUAGCCAGAGACGUAAGCGCCAUCGACGUCGACGCGGUGGCCGCAUGAGCGCCACUUCCAGCAGUACAACCACGACAGUGCGUCCAGCCAAGGUUGCCUCGCGACAGCGUUACACCCGCACCGCCAAUAAGCCAUCCACCUCAACUGCCACGAGCUAUCCUGAGCCAGACAUUCCUGAAUUCGAAGAAGACGAAGGUUUCGUCAAUGACCAGGACGAAGACAUCCGUCAAGAGGUCAAGGACAGCAUCGCCAAAGCACGCGACGAGAUACGCAAGGGUAUGGAGGUCCUCGAGCUCGUCAAGCCUCUAGAUGACACUGCCAAGGCUUGGGAAGAAGAGCUCGAGGCAUUUGAAGAAGAAGAACGACGUAUUCACGGUAACGACAUGCAUCGUGCCCAUUCGGAUGAAGGCACAUUCUCAGCAACCCCGUCGCCUGUUGGUAACGAGAACGGUGGUCAUUUCCGUACCGAUAGCGAACUCUUGGACGAAAUCGAGACGCUGGCGGUGCCAUCGUGGGAGGAUCCGGAGAAAGCAAAACAGCAAUCCGACGUAGCAUCGACGACGGACCAUUCGUUCGAUAGCAACAAUAGCACCAGCAAGGCCAUGCUCAUUUUGCAAGAAAACAGCAAACAUAAUCCACAGAUGGUGCGCAUGCUCCAUCAGAUCCAGUCAGACAUCAAGGUGAAGGAGAAGCUUGUGUCCCAUCUUGAAAAGUCAGAGACCGAAUAUGCGUUUAUGCGACGCAAGUUUGACGACAAGAUCACACACCUUCAAGCACAACUUGCCGAGCUGCAACGCGAGCGUGAUGCUGCCUUGAUGCGCACCAAGAGCCGCUUCGUCUCAACCAAGUCGGACAUGGCUGUUCAGAUGAAGGAGAAGCAGCAGCUGAUCGACAUUCGUCAUGCCUACGAAGCAAAAACGAAGACCUUGCUCUCGGAAAUCCAAGAAUUGCGGCGCAAGUAUUCUCAGACCACAAUGACAAUGCAGGCCACACGCAACCAGAACGAAACGCUGCUCCGAUCACUGCGUGUCAAUGUCGAAACCCUGCAGGUCGAAAAGAAGCGCAUGGUCAAGCGAAUGAAGGCAGAAGCCGAGCGUGUACGCGAACAAAUGUCUUCCCAAGAACGCAGAAUCCACCAGCUGCAACGACAGCAGGCAGAAGCCAACAUGGCCAAGCGUCGACUGGAGCGUGAGCACGAAAACCAAAAAGUGAUGCUCAAGAAGCGUAAUGAGGAGAUCUUAAUCAACCACAACCAACUCAAGCAAAUGACCAAUGUACUGAAGAAGGCGGUGCGCGAGGGUGGCAUCCUGGACGAGCGUCUUUUGGGCAGGGUUUCGCACAUUGUCGGUGGUAGUUUCGCUAUUGUCGCUCGUGGUGGUCUUGGCUUCGGCAAUCGUCGCAUACGCAAGAAGGUGAACCCCAUCCCUGUUCAAGUCCGUUCCACACGCAAGAAGGAGCUACUGGACAAGGCCUUAUGCCAGUUUAUCCAAGGCAAGCAGGCGGUAGUUGAGAUGGAACAGCUGCUUGUACGCCGCGAACGACUUGCUAGCGAGAAACUGGAUUUGCUUGAGGAGCGCAAGCACAUUUAUCUCGCCGAAAAGGAGAACGCCGAUGCAACAGGCGAGCCUAUGGACACGAUGGCCAUUGAACUCAUGGAUGAGCGUAUCGACUUGAUGUCUGCAGAGAUUUCUUAUCUAUCUGCGCGUAUCCGUGCUCUGCAAUCUGAAGCAGCCGGCGAAUCACUCGAGGACGAAAUGGGAAAUGCAGGCAGUGCCAUCGCCGCCGCACGAACAGAGAAGCACGUCACCUUUGCCGACGAAAUCAUCACCAACCCAGCACCAACCGAUGAAUGGGCAGACAUGGAUGCAUUCGAAGAGCAAUUCAGCGUCCCAAGUAAUGCGGCACCUGAGAUGGCUUACGAUAUCACCGUCAAGCUGCUCAAGUCACUCGAGGCCGACGAGUGCAAACGUAUCGCCGAAUCAUUGGUGGAGGAUAUCAUGGAUCUGCGCAUGAGCGAAUGCAACCGUCAGGUGACGCAGCAGAACCUUGAGAAGACAGUGAUGGACCUGCGGCGUACAUUGAUCGUCAUGAAGCGUGCUGCUAUUGCUACGACAGUGGAGAACGAGCGUCGCAUCCGCAAGCUCGAAGAACGAUCUAGCCCUGAUGCCGAAGCGCGAGGAGCGUCUCCCAUUGAUGCCAAGAUUGAAGAAUAUAUUAAUGGCGGCAACACCAUCUUUGACAAGAUUUACGAGGAUGGUCUUCGUGGCAUGAUCGCCACCCCUGAACCGGACAUUGAAUUGACAGCCGUGGGCGGCAAUGGCGCGGACUCCUCGGGGUCAUCCGUUGCCUCCACCUCCUUCAUUGCCGACGACAUCUUGAUGCCAAGCACAGCUAGCACCGUAGAAGAAUCGCCAUCGUCUCCACAGAAAUCACCCACGCUGGGAUGCAGCAAACCACCACAGCCUCUCAAAUCGAUGGUUGACAAGCGUAGUCCGGGUCGCGAUACAACACCAUCACCGGAUCGAUUCUACAACAUGAUCCAGAAACGGCUGUCAUGGCAGCAGCGAGCGGGAGGUUCCGAGUCACCCGUCCCGAUCACCAUGAUCAGUCCAGCUGAAUUUGCACGAUACGCUACUGACCGCGACUCCUCUACUUCUUCCAUUCGAAGCAGCCAUCUUCGUCGUUCAUCAGUGCAGUCUGACUACUCGUCGUCACAAUCUGCGAAUUCGUGGAACAACACAGUGUCGUCGGCAAGCUCACAGCAGCAGCAACAACAACAGCGCAAACGAGCAUACACACUCAACAACCUUCAGCAGCAACAGCAACAGCAGCAGCAGCAGCAGCCACAGCAGCCUCGACACCGAGCGUCACUUCGAGAGCUGUCACUGGUCGGCUCGGCAGCGGGACCCAUUCCUAACGGACGGGAAACUGCUGAAGUAAAUGACAUGGUGCAACACCCUCCUCCGCUUCCGCCGUCAUCGCCGCUAGCCAAUUACUCUUCCAUCCAGCGCCAAUACAAGCGUCAAACCAUGCCUAGUUUGUCGACGCUGGAACGUCCGACCACGCCCGCUAACAAUGUGUUUGACCGACUCUCGCAAACACCAACCAGAGCUUCGCGUGCCAAGAUGUCUUACCAACGUCACAGCAGCGGCAGUGUCGACGAACUGAGACGACGAUGGGAUAGUAUGGAACAGCAACAGGAGCAACAGGAGCAGCAAUCUGAACGAGUGGCCAGUCCGUUCUACUGAUGAUGUUGAUAACGAUAUACCCCUCCCUUCUGCUUUCCUUAUUUAUCUACUAUUUUCAAAAAGAAAAAGAACCCUCUGAUUGCUCCAGUCACCUUCUCCUUCACCUUUUUGCCGCACUCAUGUCCAUAUAUCCGAACGUUACCCUCUUCCCCCAUAUUCUACAAUUGUACAGUAACUCUUCUCUUUUUCGCUUGCAGUAUUAUUAUAAUAAAGAGUUUUUUAUUUAUUUAUUAUUGUUAUUAUCGUGAAACAAAUAUCAGGGUGCUUUGUG